AUGGCGCGACAAGAGAAUAGCGCCCAUCAACCGCUUCCUCUUUGGCUUGAUUCAAGAUACACGAAGAUGAUAUUCAAGGGAAACCCGAUGACCCUCAUAGUCCGCCCCGAAGUUGUUGAUCCAGGCGAGUGGUUGUGGUUGAACAGUAUCGAAUGCUAUCAAGUUUCGUACAAGUUGUCCAGGAACCAGAACGAGAUGGUGUUUCUAUUUGCCGCCCCGAGAAUUGUUCGGAAAUGUCGCCGGUCCUUUACCUGGCUGGAUCAGAAUGCAAUACCUGUGAAGUUGUCGGCGCAUCAUCACAUUACACUCACCCUGCGGUGGAUGACGAAGAAGAUUGAAGACGAGACGUUGUUUCCCACGGACCCUCGUGGAGCUGUAUCCGCCCUUUAUUCAAGAGUGGCGCGUGAGGCCAAUCUUGCUGCUGACUCUCGCGAAGAGUGGUUGGGACGUCGCAGUGGAUUUCCGAAGCAAUUCGAUAUCACCUGUCAACUCAUGUUCCGCCAAAUGUUCCGCAUAUAUGCUCACCUCUACUGGAACCAUUUCACUGAUUUAUAUCACCUUGGCCUUGAAAAGGAGCUAAACAGCUGCUUCAGCCAUUUUUUAUUGGCGGCAACAACUCAUAGCAUGUUGCGACAACAUGAUCUGGAGCCCAUGCAGGAUCUUAUCAAUUUGUGGGCGGCUGAUGGCAUAUUCCCGGUGAAGUCGAAACUCCAUGAAAACGCUGAUCUUGAUCGUGGCAAGUACCUCCUGCACCGAGGGAGUACAGCGUAG